AUGCCUCGGUUGCCCUCUUCUUCUGAUCCGUUCCAAGGCCAGAAUGAACUUCCUCAGAGCAGUAAUUUGAUGUCUAGAAUAAACGACACUAUCCAGGAUAAACUCUAUCUUAUGAGAAAUGUUGGACAACAGACGUUAGAUUGGUAUCAAAAUCUGCCGUUGUGGAAGCGUACGUUGCUACAGGUGCUUUUUGUGCUUAAUACUAUUGUCAUAAUUUUAGUCAUGAUAUUCCAUAAGUCAAUAAUACAUGGAAUCGUAAUCGUAUCUGAUAAGUGGCACGAAUUGAAAUUUGGCCAGCCAUUGCUCUUUACGUUGAUAUUUAUGGUUGGAUUCCCGCCAUUGCUUGGUUUUUCUGCUUUGUCUAUGUUGACAGGCAUGGUUUACGGGUUUUUGCAUGGCUGGAUCUUGUUGGCGUGUGCAUCUAUUUCAGGAUCAUUUUGUUCCUUCCUUGUUUUCAGAUACUUGCUUCAUAGUAGGGCAGAGAGACUUAUGAAUUCAAAUAAGAGUUUCAGGGCAUUUUCAGAGAUAUUGCGAGAAGAUUCAAGUCUUUUCAUAUUGAUAUUAUUAAGACUUUGUCCAUUACCUUAUUCCUUGUCAAUGGUGCGUUGGCUGCUAUUCCAGAAUUACCAGCGACGACUUAUUUUUUGGCAUCAUUGA